CCCACAACCAUGUCUGUAUUCUCUACAUCUACAGCAACAGAUGAAGUUGCACUGUCUUCGACAACUGAAGCUUCUACAGCUGUGUCCCCCACAACCACUCUUAUAUCCUCAGUAACGGCACCUAGAACAACAACUGCUGCUCCAACACCAUCCUCAACCACUGAAGGUUAUACAACCACAGCUGUGACCUCCACAACCACUCUUAUAUUCUUAAAAACUACAACAACAGCAAAUACUGCUCAAACAACUAAAUUUUCAACAACAAAUGAAGCUUUAACCACCACAGCAGUGAAUCCCACAACUAUGCCUGUAUUCUCAGUACCUAUAGCAACAGAAAAUGCUGCUCCAACAGAGACACCAUCUUCAACAAUAACAAUUGAAACUUACACAACCACAGCUGUGACCCCUACAACCACACUCAUAUUCUCACCAACUACAACAGCACCUUUAACAGCAACAAAUGCUGCUCCAACAACAAUAGCACAGUCUUCAACAACUGAAGCUUCAACAACCACAGACUGGAACCCCACAACCAUGCCUGAAUUCUCUGCACCUCCAGCAACAGACAAUGUUGCUCUAACAACAACUCCACUGUCUUCGACAACUGAAGCUUCUACUACCACAACUGUGAACCCCACAACCACGCUUAUAUUUUCAGAAACUACAACAACAGCAAAAGCUGCCCCAACAACACCAUUGUCAACAAUAAAUGAAGUUUCAACCACCACAGCAGUGAACCCGACAACCACAUCUGUAUUCUCAGUACCUAUGGCAACAGAAAAUGUUUCUCCAACAGACACACCAUCUUCAACAAUAGCAGCUGAAGUUUAUACAACCACAGCUGUAAACCACACAACCACACUCAUAUCCUCACCAACCACAAUUGCACCUUCAACAACAACCAAUGCUGCUCCAACUGCAACAGCACAAUCUUCAACAACUGAUGCUUCAACAACCGCAGCUGUGCAUCCCACAACCGCUCCUGUAUUCUCAAUACCUACAGCAACAGAAAAUGCUUCUCCAACAACAACUCCACUGUCUUCGACAACUGAAGCUUCUGCUACCACAGCUGUGAGCCCCACAACCACUUUUAUAUUUUCAGAAACUACAACAACAGCAAAAGCUGCCACAACAACACCAUUGUCAACAACAAAUGAAGCUACAACCACCACAGCAGUGAACCCCACAACCACACUCAUAUCCUCACCGACUACAACUGCACCCUCAACAGCAACAAAUGCUGCCUCAACUGCAGCAGCACAAUUUUCAACAACUGAAGCUCCAACAACCGCAGCCAGGAAUCCCACCACCAUGCUUGUAUUCUCUGUACCUCCAGCAACAGAAAAUGCAGCUCCAACAACAACUCCACUGUCUUUGAUGACUGAAGCUUCUACUACAACAGCUGUGAACCCCACAACCACUCUUAUAUCCUCAGCAACUGCACUUACAACAAAUGCUGCUACAGCACAAUCUUCGACCACUGAAGUUUAUGCAACCACAGCUGUGAGCCCUACAACCACUCUUAUUUCUUCAGAAUCUACAACAACAGCAAAAGCUGCUCCAACAACACCGUUUUCAACAACAAAUGAAGCUUCAAGCACCACAGCAGUGAAUCCCACAACCACGCCUGUUUUCUCAGCACCUACAGCAACUGAAAAUGGUGCUCCACCAACAACUCCAUUGUCUUCAACAACUAUAGCUUCUACUACCACAGCUGUGAACCCCACAACCACUCUUAUGUCUUCAGAAUCUACAACAACACCUUCAACAGCAACAAAUGCUGCUCCAACUGCUGACACUUCAACAACUGAAGCUUCAACAACUGCAGCCAGGAACCCCACAACUAUGCCUGUAUUCUCAAUACCUACAUCAACAGAAAAUGCUGCUCCAACAACAACUCCACUGUCUUUGACAGCUGAAGCUUCUACUACCACAGCUGUGAACCCCACAACCACUCUUAUAUCAUCAGCAAUUGCACCUACAACAACAACAACAAAUGCUGCUACACCACAAUCUUUGACCACUGAAGGUUAUACAACCACAGCUGUGAACCCCACAACCACUCUUAUUUCUUCAGAAUCUACAACAAUAGCUGCUCCAACAGCACCAUUGUCAACAACAAAUAAAGCUACAACCACCCCAGCAGUGAACCCCACAACAACGCCUGUAUUCUCAGUACCUACAGCAACAGAAAAUGCUGCUCCAACAGAGACGCCAUCGUCAACAAUUAAAAGUGAAGCUUAUACAACCACAGCUGUGACCCCAACAACCACACUCAUAUCUUCACCAACUGCAACUGCACAAUCUUCAACAACUGAAGCUUCAACAACCGCAGCCAGAAACCCCACAACCAUGCCUGUAUUCUCUCUACAUCCAGCAACAGAAAAUGUUGCUCCAGCAACAACUCCACAGUCUUCGACAACUGAAGCUUCUACUACCAAAGCUGUGAACCCCACAAGCACUCUUAUAUCCUCAGCAACUGCACCUACAACAACAACAAAAGCUGCUACAGCACAAUCUUUGACCACUGAAGAUUAUAAAACCACAGCUGUGAGCCCCACAACCACAGAAAAUGCUGCUUCAACAAAGACACCAUCUUCAGCAAUAACAACUGAAGCUUAUACAACCACAGCUGGGAACCCCACCACCAUGCCUGUAUUCUCUGCACCUCCAGCAACAGAAAAUGCUGCUCCAACAAUUCCAUUGUCUUUGACAACUAAAGCUUCUGCUACCCAAGCUGUGAACCCCACAUCCACUCAGAUAUCAUCAGAAACUACAAUAACAGCAAAAGCUGCUCCAACAACACCAUUGUCAACAACAAAUGAACCUUUAACAACCAAAGCAAUAAACCCCACAACCAUGCCUGUGUUCCCAGCACCUACAACUGCACCUCCAGCAACAGAAAAUGUGGCUCUAGCAACAACAGCACAGUCUUCAACAAAUGAAGCUUCUACAACCACAGUUGUGAAUUCUACAACCAUGCCUGUAUUUCCAGAACCUCCAACAAAUGCUGCACCACCAACAACAGCAGUAACUCCAACAAUUGAUGCUUCUACAGUAACAGAUGUGAACCCCACAUCCACACCUUUCUCCUCAGCAAAUACAAGUCCACCUAUAACAACAAUAAGUGCUGCUCCAACACCAUCUUCAGUCACUAAAGGUUAUACAACCACAGCUGUGACACCCACAUCCUUGCAUGUUUUUUCAGGACCUACAAUUGGACCUCCAGCAACAGAAAAUGCUGUUCUUACCUCAACACUUCCUUCAAUAUCUUCAACUUCUCUUGUAUCACCAAGCACAACAACCAUAUCUCCAACCACAAUACCACUUUUCACAAAAACCAGAACUGCUGCAGCAACAACAUUUGUCACACCCACAACCAUGCCAAUGUUAUCAGAAUUUACUAAAACAUUUCUAACAACCUCACCUUUGCUAAAUGCAACAACAAAUGCAGUGACUCUGACUAGUCUUUCAGAAACACAAAAUCCAGCUCCAACUGCAUUGGUAUCUCAAAGCACAAAAACAACUGUGUCUUUAGCAACCACUGAAACUACUGCACCAACCAUUAUGCUUGUAACUCAAGAAACCACAAUGCCAUUGUUAACGUCAGCUACUGGUGCUUCGCCAAUUACAAGUGUGACUCCAAUGACUACAUCUGGAGUUAAAACAAGUAUUCCUAUAAACUCAGCUGCUACAAUUGCAUCAACUCAAACAACAGCAGCGGUGGCAAGCAAACUGCUAUUCAGCUCCUCGUCUCCAGUCCCCAAUGAAUCUCAGGUCAUGAGUGUUAUCAAUACUCUCCUGAAAUCCAGAGAGUCACAGAUCAGAGAAUCAGUGAAGGUCGUGAAUGUCACCUAUGAGAAAAUCUCAGAAACCUCAUAUGCUGUGUUCUUCACAUUUCACGUGGUUAACAUCAGCAUGCCAGAAGAACCUGAUCUCAGAGGCGACACCUACCAGCAAGUGAAGGAUAUCAUCAAUGAUGCGCUGAACACUCUUCUGAAUGAACCUGGCAAGAUCGUUUUUGAACCCAAAUCUUCCAAUUUCACGAGCUCUUCAAACCAGAUUGAUGGCAGGAUGGACUACACCUUCCAGGAUGGAGAUGCC